GGAAGUGAAGGCGGUAAAUCACCUGAUACUUCAAUGCAACAUGUAUGUCCCCUAAUCAAACAAGUGCCACGAAGGAUCGAAUAACAAUAGUUCUUGGGUAGGCUGGAACGGCCUGAUGCUUGGAUUCUCUAGCAAGCUUACUGUAGGCCAUUUAUCCCCUGGGUGGAACUCGCUAAUGAGAACUCGUGGUGGAUCACCGCCAAGAAUUUCCUAUUUCGGUAGGUAUGUUGCGAGACUCCUUAAAUGUAUCAUUUAAGGCCAUAAUUCUUAUUGACCAACUUCUGGCAACGCUGAGUCCUACCAUCACGGCGCCUGGUUCUGACAUGGCGUCUCCGUUACCCUUUCUGACUCGUCAGGACAAGAUCGUGCUCGAGAGUCUGCAAGAUGACAUCACGGCCGGCGAGCACGCGCGCGAAAAUGUCGCUGCAGACGAUGCGCGGAUAGAGCAAUUGGCCGCCAUGGCCGAUAGCUCCGACGAGCGAUUCGAGCCAACGGUCUUCACGGGAUAUGAUUUGCAGUGGGAUACGAAGGAUCCGAUGUUGUUGACCCUGGUAAAGAAGUAUGUAUUGCGUCCGUACAUCAAUUGGGCGCAGACGGUCGUGCGGCGGCCGACCGAUGUGGUGUUUCUCACUCAUAUUUUGCUCUACAUCUCGAUACUGCCCCUGAGCGCAGCCAUUCUCUUCUACCGGUUCACCUGGAUCCAUGCGGUUCUACACGGGGUGAUGGUAGGAGCUUCCUGCGGGCCGUUUACCCUACUGCUCCACAACCACAUUCACAACGGCGGCAUCUUCAAUCGAAGUUACGCCUGGUUCGACCACGCUUUUCCCUACAUCUUGGAGCCGCUGCUGGGCCACACAUGGGACUCUUACUACUACCACCAUGUCAAACAUCACCAUGUCGAAGGCAACGGUCCGGGCGACCUGUCAUCCACGAUCCGGUACCAGCGAGAUGAGCUCCUCGAUUUCCUGAUCUACACCGGUCGAUUUUUGCUCUUUAUCUGGAUCGAGUUGCCUCUCUAUUUCUAUCGCAAAGGCCAGUUGCGGAUGGCGGCGCAAUCGUUCUUUUCAGAGCAGUUUUCAUACUUCACGAUCUUUGCGCUAUCUCGGGUGAACUUUCGCGCGACGAUGGUGACCUUACUGGUGCCGUUAAUAUUGAUGCGGAUUGGCAUGAUGGUUGGGAACUGGGGACAACACGCACUUGUGGAUGAGAUAGACCCAGAUUCGGAUUUCCGAUCCAGCAUUACUCUGAUUGAUGUGCCGAGCAACCGUUUCUGCUUCAACGACGGAUAUCACACAUCGCACCACCUGAACCCCCGCCGGCAUUGGCGAGACCACCCGAUCAGCUUCCUGAAGGCUAAGAACAAGUAUUCUGCGGAGGGCGCCCUGGUCUUCCAGAAUAUCGACUACUUGAUGAUGACAUACCACCUGAUUCGAAAAAACUACGACCACCUAGCGACCUGUCUUAUACCGAUCGGCGAUCAAAUUGGAAAGAGCCCGGAGGAACUGGCGGCCUUACUGCGCACGAAGACGCGCCGGUUCACAGAGGAGGACAUUCAGCGGAAAUACCGGAAGACGGUCUCUAAAUGACUGGAUCUUGCAAGAUCUAUGACGCUUCAGGCGGCUCUCUCCAGAUACUCCCCGCAUAUGCCGUUCGAUUACCUUCAAUAAUCUCAUGUGCGGUCAGCAUUACUGUAAAUACAAUAACGCAAGUCUAUAUCCAAGGAGGCGAAGAAAGAGAAGAUGAUUGUAAGAGGCUCAGCCUUGCCUCUAGGCUCUUACGCCCAAAAAACAAAAGCUUUUCAGCUGGCAUCCGUCAUAUAGCUAUAUGGCCCCGGGGAAUUGGUGAUGAAUUAGACAUAUUUGAAUAAUGUUAAAAGGAUAACCUAGAGUGUAGGCUCAGUGACAACUUAUCUAUCCUUAUAUGAUGCUUAAUAUAGAAGAAGUUUAUAUACCAAAGUCAGCGAAAUAAUUAGAAUUCAAC